CCCUUCUUCACCGCCCGCUUUGGUGGAAGCCAAAACAGAACAUCAUGGCGAUUGAUGGUGGCGAGCGUAACUGUGGAGUACAUGAGCUGAUCUGCGUCAGAAAAGUCUCUCCAGAGGUGCUGGGGUUUCUGACAGCCAUCGGACUCUUCAUCAUCCUCAUGACCCUCCUGUUCUGGUACCUCAACAACAAGUUGGCACUAGAGAACCCAGGGAGCCUUCAGUGCCUUGAUGACUUCAGGAAAAAAACAGAGCUGCAAGACAAGGCCUACUCCGACGGCGACCUGCAGGGCUCAUCGUCGGACAGCGAGGAUGAACUGAUGGGUCAGUAUCAGGAAGCGGUCAACCGCUCCCAAGGCCUCCGGGGAGGAGCCAAGGCAGCCGUUAAUACCAAACACGCAGGAGGCUUCAGCUGGGAGAGCCGGCAGAAGUACAGCCCCCUGACUGCUGAUUAUGACGGCUACAGCAGUGAAGCCUCGGCUGACGACGCCAACUGCAUCCAGAGGAUGAGACGAACACCGCCACUGGAUGAGCUUCAGCCACCUCCUUACCAGGAUGAGAAUGGCUCUCCGAGGAUGUCCUGUACACUGUCGGACCUGGGUGAUGCUAAGUGUGAUCUAUCCCAUAGCAGUGGCAGUCCCCACCUGUCCUUUGGCAAAUGCCCCAGUGAGGGCAGUGACGACCACGAGACUGAGAGUUACCUCAACAAGGGCUACGAGGAAGAUGUACCCAGUGACAGUACAGCUGUCCUCAGCCCAGAGGACAUGUCAGCCCGUGGAUCAGCAGCUCAGCUCCCUAAAGGUUAUGAACCGGAUCCAAUUGCAAAAUACGGAACUCUGGACGUGGUGUUUGACUUUGACUCAGACGAACAGCAGCUGGCGGUCACCAUCAUGGCAGUAACGGACCUCCCCGCUGUAAAACGCACCGGCAACAUCUCCUGGCAGGUCCACCUGGUGCUGUUGCCCACCAAGAAGCAGAGGGCGAAGACAGGAAUCCAGAGAGGCCCGUGCCCAAUCUUCACAGAGACAUUCCGCUUCAGCCAUGUGGAGUCAGAGAUGAUCAGCAAUUAUGCCAUCCGAUUCCGCCUUUAUAGCAUGCGGCGGAUGAAGAAGGAGAAGGUGCUCGGUGAGAAGGUGUUCUACCUCACCAAGCUCAACCUUCAGGGCAAAAUGUCUGUGCCAGUCAUAUUAGACCCAUGCUGUGCUCUCCCGGGUGGUGAAUCCCAGGUCAGCCUCUCAGAUAUGACAUGCAGUGAAAGCGCCUCAUCAUUCCAGUCAGUCAGUCAGGCUUCCACACCAGAAAUCCUUGUGGGCUUGGUGUACAACGCCACUACAGGACGUCUCUCUGUGGAGAUCAUCAAAGGCAUCCAUUUCAAAAACCUGGCUGCCAACAAGCCACCCAAUGGACUGUUCUGUUGUCUAAAACACUUGAUAGGUGGACAGGUUUAUAUAAUAAGAGAUACGUACGUUAAGCUGACCUUACUGAACUCCAUGGGCCACGAGAUGUCCAAGUGUAAGACAUCCAUCUGUCGAGGUCAGCCCAACCCCACCUACAAAGAGACGUUUGUCUUCCAGGUAGCUCUUUUCCAGCUGUCGGACGUCACGCUCAUCCUCUCCGUCUACAACAAGCGCAGCAUGAAGCGCAAAGAGAUGAUUGGCUGGAUUUCACUCGGCCUCAACAGCUCUGGAGAGGAGGAGCUCACCCACUGGACUCAGAUGAAAGAGUCUAAAGGACAGCAGGUUUGCCACUGGCACAGUUUGCUGGAAUCCUAACAGCAAGAGAGCAUUAAGUAGAGAAAGUGCGUGAGGAUGACUGUGCAGAGCAGUUGUCCUCCCAGACGGGCGAGAAAUGGAUAAAUUCAGCUGGGAUAGAGGAAUGUGACAGACGUUCAGGGACCAGGGUCAGUGGUGAUGACGAAAAAAAGGAACAGAAUGUGUUUCUGCACUCAGAGUUCAAAUGGACAAAGCAUAAGCAUUUUCAUGGCACUGUUUGUAAAAUCACCCACAGCCACUGAUUAGACAUAGAUGGCUAGUAUUGUGAUGUCAUUUAUUUCAUGGAUUGCCUUAUAAUGACCUUUAAGUUUCUGUAGAUGGCGCUCACUGUUUUUUGUCUGUUAAACUGCUUGAGCUGGGACCAGUUCCAAGAAAGCAGGUUCUGGAUAACAUUAAGUAAUUUCUUGUCUGAUAACUUUGUGUACCCACACCUCCAGUUCAAACAACUGACAUCUUAUUAAUCUUAUCAGACAGAUUUACAACUCUUGUACAAGGCCCCCAGAAACCCGACCCCUCCUUUUUUGUGUAUAAGAAGCGUAUGUCAACCGAGAAAUAGUUUUCAUUUUGGAGCCAGGACAGGACAUGCAUGGCCACUUCACAUCAGUAGAAGUUACUUAUUUUUUUUUACUUUGUAAUGGACUUUGCACCACUGUCGUUAAAGGCCUUGAAAUCACAUUUUCCGUCGGUUGGUCUCUCACUAGGAGCAGUUGGUCCCUCGUGAACACAAACCUUUCCACUAAAGUUACAACUGUUUCAGUGGUUUCCAGUGUUGGGCAAGUUACUUUAAAAAAGUAAUUAGUUACAGUUACUAGUUACUUCUUCCAAAAAGUAACUAUUGCAUUACUUUCAAGUACAUUUUUAAAUGCUCAAAUGUGACCCCACCUCCACCCCUCUUUAACGGAACUUAAAAUACAUGUGCAUGUUCAAUUAUUUAUGGUAAAUCUGAAUAUUAUAAUUAAAUGGACACUUAAUACAUUACAUUAUUAACAGAAACAAUGUACACAAAUCUAAACCAUUUUAAUGCCGAAAAGUACAAUGUAUAACAAAACUAAGGAAUCUAAACAGGUAAUACAUAAAAAAUAAAAAAUACAUCUCCAUAAAAAUAAACCUCUUUCUCUGGCCAUUGACAAUCUCACUUCAAGAGGCUGCAGCCAGCCAACAAAUAAAUCUAAAUUAAAUGAUGCUCUUUAAGCAAUGUACCAAAAAUGUAUUCAAAAAAUAUAUACACUCUUUUUAGUGCAAAUGUAAUAAGAUGCAACACAACUCUCCAUACCUGUCUCUCGUUGACUGACUCACUUGUGUUGUUCAUUGUGUGUCCGACUAUGUGUGCUUUCGAACACCCGCCCAACUCUACCUCUGAUUGGCUUACCAUGAAAUUUUACUCAACCUCAGCCAAUGGUCAGCAUAUAUGCGCUUGUCUCGUGCACUGCCCACUAACCAAGGAAGAACAGUAAAAAAAAGUCUUUGCCUCUCGGCUCAAAGAUCUAGUUGGUCUGAUAAAAAAAACAGCUUCAAUUAUAAUAACGCGCCGCAUUUUUUGGCAGUAACAGUAACGGUAUUAAGAUGGGAAGAGCAAUCAAUUAGAUUACUUGUUACUGAAAAAAGUAACGCUGUUAGUAGCGCCGUUAUUUAUAACGCCGUUAGCCAUCACUGGUUGUUUCAUAUGAGGGAUUUCUGUUUGUGUUCUUGCUCUUUGUUUUCCUCACAGGUUUGAAGUGGGCGAGGCUUAUUUGGAGAAGGUGAUGUCAUGUAUCACUGUGAACCAGUCAGAGUUCACCAACAUUUGAAUCAAAAUCCGGUGACAGUUGUGGGAUUGUUUGCUUAUGUUACCUCAAACAAACCACACCCACACUGUCCUGUUGAAGCCGAGCCAUCAAGAAGAGCAGCGGGCUUUGAAGCCACGUCGACAUAAUGGCCAUACCGUGUUAUUACAGCAAUGGCAUCCGUCAUGUGAAAUUACUCGUCUUACUAUUCGAAGAUCCCUAUUCAAGUUAACAGAGGGCUAAACCGGGAGUCAAUCAGCUCAGCCGGCAGAAGUCUCUGGUACACUUGCUUUAUAGGCCACUCAUGCAUGUGAAGUAUACACGAAUCCGGCAGUUGGGUCGCGUGUUGCGCCAGUAGCGCCGUCAUUACUGCGGUGGCAAGUUGAUGAACUGAUGAAUGUAGACAUUUGUUAUGAGAAUAGCCAGAAACAGAGAAAAAAAGGAGCCACUUCUGUAGGAGCAGCUGAUAACUGCACAGCUCCUUCCCACAUUUCCUAGAAAUCAUUGUUAAAGUAACGUUACAUAGAAAAUAAUGGGAAAAGAAGAAAAUUGUACACUUCUUAGGACAGCUUGACUUCAAAUGCAUGCCUGCUGCAGGGAGAUGUCGCCUCAAUAAUGCCGACUUGUUUACCUCUAGUGUUUCCCCAGAUUUGUGUGUACAUUCAUCCGGGUAAUUUCUACACUGCAGGAAGUGGCUUUUUUGGCUUUAUGUGCCACUGUGCAGCUUUCAUAGGAAAGAGCAGAGCACCACCCCCAACACUGUAUCCAGUUCUCAUUAUACAUCCAUGGUUGAAGCAGAUUAACAGUGUUUUUGAGUAACUUUAACUGUUGCUUAGUCAUUUAUCAAUGAAUAUUUCAUGUUAGAAAGAAAUAAUGAAAGUUUGUUUUCAAGGCCUUUAAGCAAUUCCCCGGCUAGCUAGCUAAUUGUAGCAACUUCCUUGUUACAGCAGUAAACAGUGCCAUGCUCUGAAAACAAUAACCCCAAUCAGGGUACUUUUCUACUUAGCUCUUGAGUUUGACUUUCUCCAUAUGUCAGUUGUUUAAGCCAGAGGUAUGGCUACAUGAAGCUAUCAUGCUACCUAUAUUGUUGUUUUUGGAAUAGAAACAUAAAAUGCACCAUUUCUUUCAUCCAGGACAUUAUUGAAAUAAGUUUUAGAAAUAGAAUAUGGGUACAUUUUAGGUUAACUCACCAUGUUGUAAAUGUUGUUUCUGCCUAAGCUACUGCAAAUUCAUUUGCAAUUAUCGUUGCAGUCCAACAUGUGCAGGACUCUCUGGGGAUGGAAGCGUGUUGAAAGAUAUGUUGGAAGAACAGGAAGCAGUUUCCAGAGAACUUACUGGGGAAUUACUUUGGAGACUUGAGCUGAAUUACUACACUUUAAUUAAUCUUUCUCAGGCGACACUGCCGAGGCAAAACCAUUGUCUGAACCUCAACACAGUUCAACAAAACAGCCACUAAAUCAUUUUAAACCUUUUUGUCAGGCAAAUAAGAUUUAUAACAUCACCGACAGUGGAAGUGCAGACUGAGAUAUGUUAUAUAUAGAAAGGUGUAGUAGUGGCUGUGGUGGUUGUGUAGUAAAAGUUUCCAUCAACUUUUCAAAAGUCACACAGAAUAUCAAAGGCAUAUUCAAAGAAAUUCAAGACUUUCAACUUUUUUUAUAGGUAUCUCUUGAAUAAUAUUAUCUUGGUAACACAUCACAGCAGUAAAGCUAACAGGUGAGAAGACUAUGUACCUGUUACUCUCUUUUACCUGCUCUGGUGCUAAUAAGUGCUGUGGCUGCACACAGAAUCCCUUGCCUUAUGGUUUAGUCAGUUCAUACACUUCUUUAAAGUGGACCCAGUACAAAACCUGACACAAACACGCCCUCAGAGCACACAGACCUGCAUCUAUAAUUACAGAAAGCACACACAGCACUGCUCAGCCUCACUGAAGGAAAUUCAAACUGUUUUCAUAGGAGCCAGUGUGCAUUGACAAAGUGUCUACAGGCAAAUGGGUUGUAUUUUUAGCCUUGGCCACUUUCUCACUUCAUUUCAUUUACAGACAACAGAAAAUACAUAUACUCUUUACUGUGCCUGUGGUUGUGGUGAAAGCUAGCUUUGUGCACUGUUUACCAAGUGGAUGUGUGUGUGCGUGUGUUGACUGGAAAGGUACAGUAAAGGGGGGCGUGGGAGGGGGGCUGUGAUAUAGGUAGCUGUUGCAUUUUCUUGUUGGGUGUAACAAUUUCUGAAUUUAAUUACUGGUAUUUAGAACAAAGUAACCCACUUCUUGAUUGUCUGCCAUAUACUUUAUAUACAGUAAAUGUUUUCUUAUCUAUUUUUGUAUCAAUAAUGGGGAAGAAAUUGUGUCAAGACAGUUAAAUGGUGAAUCAAAUAUUAACCCAACCAACACAGAUAUGUCUUACAGCUCUGGUCCUCUUUACAUUGCCUUCUCUAAAACCAGAAAGGGAUGUGACGGAGACCUGCAGAGCUCAUCUCAAAGCAAUCUGUCAAGACUUUUCAGCUUUGAUGCUUUUUAACAGUGUGAAACAGAAGCACAGCCUUUACAGCACAACAGUGAAACACACCAUGUAAAAGAUAGCUCGGCAGCAUCUCACGUGUACAUGGAGAGAGACAUCAUAUAAUUAGUUGUCCGCUUAAAGUAAAAAUCCACUCUUGUAAUAUAUUUUUUCUUUAUCAGCCUGGAUUAUUGGAUUGGACUUCAGUAAAUGGAUUAUCAUUUUCUCACCGUUCGACUAUACCUGCAGAAAAGGGGGAGGGAUCUUGUUGAAUCAACAGAAGAUGUGCAGGAAUAUAAAUAGCUUUUAAGUGUGAUGUUUUAUCGGUGGGUGUCUGAUGGCAGCUGUGCUCCAUUGGCAUUUGUGCAUCUUGGAAAUCUACCUGGAUGACGAAUGGUGAACGUUGGUGACAAAAAAAAGCUCUUUGACUCUUCACAGCGGUAGAAAGAAUUAACAACUGAAAAUUUAAAAUGUAUUUAACAUGUAUUCUCACACUUUCCUUUGAGCACCACACAUCCAGUUAGUAGUGUGAUUAACAUGCCACUUACUUUUUAGAACAUUAAAACCAGGUCUCGCUACCAAACUACAGAAGCAAAAAAAGGCCAAUAGGAUUUUAAUAUUGCAGGCAACUCAUGUGAUGUGCAGUUUAGUCACAGCUUAAUUAGAAUGCCACUGAAUUUAUAGCGUUAAAAUGUUUUAUUUUGACAACCAUCUAUCAAAAAUGUAUUUGGUUUAAAUUGCCCCCUUUAACAUUUUUAGGAAAUAAUUUCAAGUUGUGCUACUUUGGAAACUUGAUUUUAAAAGUGUUUUUAGAGUUCGCAAAUUCAGAUAUUGAAGAAAAACUACAUUCAGGUUGCUCAAAUUUUCAGAUCUAAAAUUUUAGGUUAAAUCAAAAAUCGGGUCGCUAAAAUUAGAUUGGGAAAUUCUGACACUAAAAUUCAAGAAACUUUAAACUUUAACAUCUGCGCCACGAAGGCUCGAUUAGACCUCAACUCCUCGCAACUGGACAACCCUGGACAAUUGAAUUUUCUAUUUGACUCUGUGAAACUAAACAAAGUUUUCAAAUUCAAACCGUAUAAACAGAUAUAUGGUUUUCAAGUUAAAUACUAUAUUUCAAUGCUAUUUAAAUUAUGUUUAAAUUUCAACAUUAAGUAUUCAGUAGUGGUUUGAGUUAAGGUUGGUUUUUAAUAAAAAAAAUUAAAAAAAUUACCCUGGCCUUUUUUUUGCUUCCGUACAAACGACACAAAAACCAGGUAGAACGAUCUUCUAACUCUUUGUCUCGCUAAUCUUUCACAAGAUGUGUUCCACUAGUACGAUUUUACUAAAACUAAAACAAUAUGUUUAUGCUUUGCAGUAUUGUUUCUGUUGCUUUCACUUUCUUGACACAUUUUGAACAAUCUUCUGGUUUUUAAUGCUGGUUUUAACUGGUGAUUUAUUUAUUUUCUUUCUUUUAGUUUAGAAACUACCUAUGCCACAUACGGCAUUGGUGCCUUACUGUUUUUCACUCAGCAACCUUGUGUCACAGUGUCUUAAUGUACUUGUAAAUGUACUUUUCUUCUGUACUUCAGGAGUUUGAUUUGUAAAAUGUCUUACAAAUUGAUUUAUGAUAGAGAGAAUUUAUAUGUGAUGAUAUUAUUGUUUAAAAAAGAGCAAAAAGAAAAA